AUGUCCUCCUCCCAAGUCCCCGCCAAGUUCCACGGCUGGUGCGCCCUCGGCACCGACUCGAUCCAGGGCAAAUUCGUCUGGCAGGAGUACGAGCCAAAGGCUUUCGCCGACGACGACGUCGAUAUCAAGAUCAUGUACUGUGGUAUUUGCGCUUCGGACUUGCACACUGCGUCGGGCGGCUGGGGCUCAGUCGACUACCCGCAAGUCGUCGGCCACGAGAUCCUCGGCGAAGCCGUCCGCGUCGGUUCAAAGGUUUCGCACGUCAAGGUCGGUGACAUUGUGGGCGUCGGAGCGCAGAACGAUUCGUGCCUUGAGUGCGGGCAGUGCAAGAACAACCGCGAGCAGUACUGCGACGUCGGACAGGUCGGCACUUACAACGGCAAGUACUUCCGCGAAGGCCCCGGCAAAGGCGCCAAGUCGUACGGCGGAUACGCCGACUACCACCGCGCCCCCGGCCACUUCGUCGUCAAGAUCCCGGAUGGCCUCGACCACGCGAUCGCUGCGCCUAUGCUCUGCGGCGGCGUGACCGUCUACUCGCCGCUCGUGCAGUACGGAGCGGGAAAGACGGCGAAGGACGUCGGAAUCGUCGGAAUCGGCGGACUUGGCCACUUUGGUCUCCUCUUCGCCAAGGCGCUCGGCGCGAACGUUACCGCCAUCUCGCACAGCGAGAGCAAGAAGGCCGACGCUGAGAAGAUGGGCGCGACCCGCUUCAUCGCGACCCACUCGGGCAGCGACGACGACUUUGCGCCGUACAAGCGCUCGCUCGACCUCAUCAUCUGCACGACCAACGACACCUCGAUGCCCCUCAUGGGCUACCUCUCGCUCCUCCGUCCCGGCGGAAACCUCAUCCUCGUCGGCGCGCCGGAGAAGCCCGUCGCGAAGGACCUCCCCGCGUUCCCGUUCAUCAUGGGCAAUGUCCAUCUCGGCGGCUCGGCUAUCGGAUCGCCCUCGACUAUCAAGGAGAUGCUCGAGCUUGCGGCGAAGCAGAACAUCAAGUCGUGGAUCGAGAAGCGCCCCAUGGAGGACGUCAACCAGGCCGUCCCGGACAUGCACGCCUCGAAGGCUCGCUACCGCUACGUUCUCGUCAACACCAAGAACGGCGGCAAGCUCUAA